GAGCGCAAGGCAGCAAGAGAGUGGGCGCGGCGUUCUACGGACCGAGCGGUCCUGAAGCUCUCGCAGGAGGUACGGCGCCUCCGCGGGCUUGUGUCCGUGGCGGAGGAGGCGCUUGACGCAGUCGCGGGGUGCAGCGAGGUGGCCCAGCGCAUGCGGGCGGUUUUGCCCGUGCUGCAGGCCAAACUGGAGGGCCGCGCGCCCACAUGGCUGGAGGUGUUGCGGCGGAAUGUCGCCAUGCACGCCGAUGCCAGCGACAUUGACGUCUCCAUUGCGGGUGCCGCCGCAUUGCGCAAGGCCCAGCACGGGCAACGGCUCGAGGUUCGGAUCACGCAGGAGAUGGAGACGCCCGAGGUCAAGGAGUCGGUCCUAUCCGCUGCUGCCGAGCCCUUUGUGCCCUGCGCGUACUUCGAGUGCGACUUUCACGACGGCGACUUCCCCGUUCAGGAGCAGGUCGCGGCCGAUGGCUCCGAGAAGUUGAGAGAGGAGCCCGUGCUGGAGCUUAUGGCGUUACCUCAGGAGCAGGUCUUUCCAGCACUAACGGGACACGACACGGAGGACCUUGAGUCGCUCUCCGUGGUGCAGCGGCGCCUGGCCAAUCUCGUGAUCGAGUCGUGGAGGCGUGCGAAGGACAUCCUCGACUCGCUGCGCGCUGGACGGUGCCCUAUCUGUUUGGUUUCGGACCUCCGCCUUCGGAGCGCACCGAGGGGCGGUGUCGCGUGCGAGCUGUGCCACGACAGCAUCCAUCACACCGACAAGAUGGUCCGUUGCGAAGGCUGCCAGGGCGCCGUUCACAGGGCGUGUUUGCAAGAGCAGCUGGACCGUUAG